AUGGAGAAUGGUCAUAAUAAUUCAUCAAAUUGUUUAAUUUCAAAUUCAAAUUCACCAAAUAUUCAAAAUGAUUUAACAAAUUCAAAUCAUAAUCAUGGACGUUCGGUUGAUAAGGCUCAUCAGUAUACGUUUGAAUAUUUAGCACAAUUAUUGAAAGAUAAGAAACAUUUCGAAGCAUUUCCAAAUGUUUUUCAUCAUGCUGAACGUUUAAUUGAAGAAGAAAUCAGUAAGGUCCGAGUGUCGUUAUUUCAAUUUGAGUUUGCUAAGGAUGCGACAUUAAAUUUACCUGAACCUGAGGGAGAAGUGGUCACAAUGACUGAAAAAAUUUUUGUGCCUGUUAAAGAACAUCCUGAUUAUAAUUUUGUUGGAAGGAUUUUGGGUCCUCGUGGUAUGACAGCUAAGCAGUUAGAACAAGAAACUGGUUGCAAGAUAAUGGUUCGUGGCAAAGGAUCAAUGCGAGAUAAAGCUAAAGAAGAAAUGAAUAGAGGUAAACCGAAUUGGGAACACUUAUCUGAAGAUUUGCAUGUUCUUAUACAAUGCGAAGAUACUAAGAAUCGAGCAACAAUAAAGCUGAAACGUACUGCUGCUGAAGUAAAAAAAUUGCUGGUGCCGUCAUCGGAUGAUGAUGAACUAAAACGAAAGCAGCUGAUGGAAUUAGCUAUAAUCAAUGGAACAUAUCGGUCAGGCAAUAUUACGCCAUCUACUGCAGCUCAAGCAGCUGUUGUCGCUAACAAAAAUUCUUUAGCUGCAUUACAAGCUCGUUUGAUGCCGCAGUUACCACUCUCUGCAUCACAGACGAACAAUCUUCGUUCACCAACUUUAGCUGGUGCUCCCAUAAUAUUGUCACCGUCCCGUGGCGCCACCACUGCACCAACAGCUGCCACAGCAGCGGCAGCAGCUCUCGCUGCACAAUUACAAGCUGUUGCUAAUCAACAACAACAGAAUGCAGCUGCCGCAGCUUUAUCUCAACAAGCUGCUAAUGGUCCAGCAGCAGCGGCUGCUGCAGCUGUAGCUGGUAUACCUGCUCACCUUCUUCAACCACAGGCGCUUACUCAAACUGAUUACAGUCAGCUUUAUCUCAACUCAUUACAAUAUGAUCCAACAGCCGGGACAUACGCUAUUCCGGUGAGCGCGACACAGACGCUUCAAACUCAGCAGCAACAAUAUGCUGCUGCAGCAGCUGCAGCUAUGCUUGGUGCAUCUUAUAUUGGUGAAUAUCCAGCUAUGGAGCUUUCAAAUGCUGGUCAGUUGAUUGUAAGACAGUAG